UUCCUAUUUUUACAAUUUUCUCAUUUAGUUUUCUUUUUUUCUCUUUUACUUAUAUUGUGCGCAAUUCUUAAUUAUAAUGUUGGGUUUUCACUUUGUGGUGCAAUGUGGUUUUGGUGUUCUUGCGGCUACAGGUGGUUUUAUUCUUGGGACUGUUAUUGGAUGGACGAGUCCAAUUCAGCACAAACUUAUGGAUGGUGACUAUGAAUUUGUUGUAUCUGCUGAUGAAAUGCUUUGGUUAGCUUCCAUAUUUACGCUUGGUGCCGCUGCAAUUUGUUUACCUGUCGGUUUUACUAUUGACAUAAUUGGUCGUAAAUUGACUAUGUUGCUAUGCUUACCGUUCGUGUUAAUUGGAUGGAUAUGUCUAGCCAUUGCAGAAAAUGUUUCCACAAUCUAUGCAGGACGGUUCAUCUUGGGCGUAGGUUCAGGCGCAUUUUCCAUAAUCAUACCCAUCUAUACUACGGAAAUAGCGCAAACUGUUCUGCGUGGUUACUUGGGAGCUUUCUUUCAAAUGGCAGUUGUACUCGGAAUUUUAUUCUCAUUCCUUACGGGAUUUUAUCUAUCGGUAUUCUAUACAAUUAUCGCAUGUGCAAUUGUUCCCUGCGUUUCAUCAAUAUUUUUUAUCGUUUUGCCUGAAUCGCCCGUUUACUUAAUGAUGAAAGAUAAGAUAGAAAAAGCACACAUGUCUUUGCAAAGUCUGCGCGGUGAAGGCUAUGACCUUAAACAUGAUUUUGUAGAAAUUGUAAUAUUUAUUCAACAAUCGAAGGAAAAUCCAUCUUUCUGUAAAUCAAUUCGACAGCCUCCUACAAGUCUAGCUUUAUUUUAUACAAUUUUGUUAAUGCUAUUUCAGCAGUUUAGUGGCAUCAGCGCAGUUAUGUUUUACACUAUGGACAUAUUUGACAAAUCUAAGGGUGGAAUGUCUACGAAAAAUUCAAUGCUAUUGGUGGGGAUUGUGCAGUCUAUUGCUACUUUUAUUGCAAUUUAUCUUAUGGAUCUUGUUGGUCGCCGAAUUCCCCUAUUAAUAUCGUCAUUCUUGAUGAGUAUAAUCGCUCUUGGCAUUGGUUUGUACUUCUUCAUAUUGGAACGGGAUGCCGAAUCAGCCAGUCAUGUUUCAUGGAUGCCGGUCUUUUGCUUUUGCUCAUAUGUCGGAGCGUUUUCAUUUGGUUUGGGACCAAUACCUUGGCUGACAAUGGCUGAAGUCUUUUCACAAGAUGUUAAAGGUUUCACAGUCGCUCUAUGCUGCACCAUCAAUUGGCUGGCGAGUUUUGUGGUAACCAAUCAAUAUAAAAAUAUUAUAAAUUUAAUUGGAGUUCCGGCAAUAUUUUGGGCAAUUUCCGCUUUAAUGUUGAUAUGCUUUUUCUUCGUACUAUUCUGCCUGCCCGAGACACGAAGCCGAUCGUUUAGACAUGUUCAUGAAAAGUUCGAAUUAAGAAAACUAUAAAUGAUUCCACGGGCAUCUACAGUGAGGCCGGUAAGCUGUUCGGUCCAGAGCGUUAUAUAUUUUAGACUCGUUCAUCUCUUAUUUUGGAUAUAUCUUCGGUAAAUUGUCUAAAGCAACCUGAAUUUCUUACGCAUUACAAAAAUUUCAUAAAAUGUAAUUUUGCUCAAAA